AUGCUGCGCACCCCGGAGGGGACGGAACCAGACGGGCAGCGGGAGGAGAAAUCAGCUGAGCAGACAAAAGGGAAACACCAGCUGCCGCUCUCCGCCCUGUCCGCUUUCAGCUACAUCCCGCCCGGCCGCAGGGACCCCCCGGAGCACAGCUACUUCCACCAGGAGUUCAAGACAGGGAUUGUUUCCACAUAUGACUCCAUUUUUAAGAGGCCAAUGGGUUACAAUGAAAAACUCCACCGAUGUGACAGAGAACAUGCAAAUAGUCGAGGUCUUAACAUUAAUGAUGAGGAACUGGCAAGACCCAUUGCUGUUUUGUCCUCUUCAGAAUAUGGGAGACACAUAAACCAGCCCGUAGAGCAGUCGAUCAGAGAUUAUGCAAGGAUUAACCGUGUUCAGGCUGAGUUCUACAGGAAAAAUGGAGUCAGCUGCUUGCUGGAAAAACCUUCUCAAAGUCUUGAACCAUCCUAAAGCUCCUGUCCCCCCAGCCAUCAACAUGAACAUAGUACAACAGAGUUUUCACAGCAAGAAGAAAAUGAAGACUGUUUUGCCUUUUCUUGUAAUACUUUCCUUUAGCUGGUCAGUGUGACUUGGAUACAAAAAAAAA